UCCACCGAGGGAAACAGGGGGUAGCACACUGACCUGGCCACACAAUUCCCUCACCACACUUUUGUUGUUAAUCUUGGGGGGAUUUACGUGUGAGAAGAAAAAAAGGAUAAAUGUUUAUGGCACCUGAGAUUUACCCAUUUUCAGUGAAAUGUAACAAUUUUUCUUUCUUUCAACCCUGAAAAAGAGAGCUGCCUCCCAUGUUCCAACUGCCCAACACAGAAGAGAUUGAUCUGAAGAGAACCCCUUCAUGGUAAAAGGCGGCCCAUCCACCUUGAAGGAGAGAUGAAUGAUAAGACAAACCCAAAGCUCAACAUGGCAUUGAAGAAGAUUCAGGUGGUGAGGGGUCUGGAGGAUCUAGAACUGCUGGAAACAGAGUCCUGCUCAUUCGAGGUGACUCUCAGCCAUGGGUACGUGGACGGCUCCUGGACCAAGGAUGGCACCCGGCUCAAGUCCAAGCCCAACUGCCGCAUCAGUACCCAGGGCAAGAGACACAUCCUAACCCUCACCCGGGUCUCCCUGGGAGACACAGGCGUGUUCUCUUUCCAAGCAGAGGGUAUUCAAACAUCUGCUAGACUUGUGGUCAGAGCCAGGGAUAUCAGAAUACUGAGGGAUCUAUUGGAUGCAGAUGUGACUGAGAGAGAGAGUGUAUCUUUUGUGUGUGAGGUCAACCUGGAGGAUGUAGCUGGACAGUGGUACAUCAACAACAGCAGACUGAAAGCCAGAGACAAUGUCAAAGUUAAACACGAGGGGAAAAAGCAUACGCUCAUCAUUAAGUCUGUUAAACCGGAAGAUGCUGGUGAAAUCAAGUUCACUGCAGAGAGUGCAUCUUCAACUGCCACACUAAGUGUUGAAGAACUCCCAGUUCAGAUCAUCAAGCCGCUGAAGGUGAAGAUCGCCAUGUACAAGCACCGAGGCCUCCUGGAGUGCCAGGUGUCUCGUGCCAGUGCCCAGGUCAAAUGGUACAAGAAUAACCGCGAGAUCGCUGCAGGCCAGAAGUUCCAGAUCCACAGUGAUGACGUGUACCGGCAGCUGAUCAUAGAGGAUGUGGCCUCCUCUGACGAGGACACCUACACCUGCGAUGCUGGUGAUGAUAAGACGUCAUGUCAGCUACUGGUGGAGGAGCAGGCCAUCAGCAUAGUGCGAGGGCUCACCUCGGUUGUGGUGAUAGAACCAAAAGAGGCCAAGUUCCGUGUGGAGACCAGCAUAAAGUCAGUGCGGCCCCCGAAGUGGACCCUGAACGGGCAGGUUCUGGUGGACAGCCAAGAGGUGCGGAUCGAGAAGGAGGGCACCAUGCAUUGGCUCAUCUUCACGUCCACCAACAGCACCAUGUCCGGCCCUGUGCAGUUCACCUUUGGCAAGAGCAAAUCCACUGCACAGCUUACAGUCAAAGAGCGCCCAUUGGCUGUUGUCCAGCCACUUGAAGAUACAACCACCAAAGAACACGGCUCAAUCACUCUGAGCUGCGGCUUUAACCCCUCUCCCCGCCUGGUACGCUGGUUCAAGGGGAAGAACCUGCUGUCGGACUCGGGGAAAUACAGCAUAAAAAGAGAAAAGAACCGGGCUGAGCUGACCAUUCAGAACCUAAGAGGAGCGGACUCAGGAGAGUACCGCUGCCUGGCUGGAGGGUCAGAGAGCAAGGGCAUCCUCACUGUGGAAGUACGCAGACUUAAGAUCAUAAAACACCUGGAGCAUGUGGAGGUAGAGGAGGAUGCCAACGUGACGUUUACAUGCGAGCUGAACUACGAGGUACCCAGUGUGCAGUGGAUCCUCAACGACCGGAUCCUCCACACAAACAACAUCCACAAGAUAAACAGCACCGGGAAGAUCCACAGCCUCACCCUCAGGCGGCUGUCCCCGCAGCAGAGCAGGGUGACCUUUAAAGCCCCCGGGGUCAGUGAAGCAGCCAUACUGAAGGUCAAAGAGAGGCCAGCUGUCUUUCUCAGGUCCCUGGAGGACAUGUCUGGGGAGGAGCGGAGCGACAUCAGUCUGACGUGCGAGGCCUCCAAACCCAAUGUGGUGCCCACCUGGAGGAAAGAUGAGAUUGUCCUAGAGGCCAGUGAGAAGUAUGAGAUACUUCAGUCAGGAGGAUCCCUGGCCCUUAUCAUUCACAAUCUGUGCAAGGAUGACGCAGGGGAGUAUGUCUGUGACCUGGGCACCAGCCAGACUAAAGCCACUGUCACUGUUCAUGAUCUUCACAUUACCAUUGCCAAACGGCUGAAGACAACAUCAGUCCUCGUAGGGGACAACUGCAGCUUUGAAUGUGUGUUGUCGCACGAGCUGCUGGAGGAAGCCUUCUGGUUUCUGAAUGGUCAGCUCGUGGUCAGCAAUGGCAGGAUGCUACUCUCCAGCAACGGCCGGAGGCACAAAAUGAACAUCGAUGAAGUCGCCAUCUCAGACGCUGGUGAUAUCAUCUUCACCAUCAAAGACCUCAGCUGCCAGACUGUGUUGUUUGUCCAAGAGAAGCCCGUAAGGGUGUUCCGGGACAUGCUCAACUUGCGGGUCACCCCAGGGGAGGACGCCGAGCUGAGUUGCGAGAUCACUAGACCCGAGACGUCCAUCAAGUGGUUGAAAAAUGGCCACGUCAUCCGAGAGAGUCCCAAGUACGAGAUCUCCCAGAAGGAUCACCUGGUGAAGCUGAUCAUACACAACGCCACUCUGAUGGACUCUGGAGAGUACUGCUGUGAAGCUGAAGGGAUCGCUACCAGGGCCAAGCUAGUGGUCAAAGACCUUCAGCACACGUUUGCUAAGGAGCUGCGGGACACACGCGCUGAGGAGAAGAGCAUGGUGAUCCUGGAAUGUGAGACCAAGCAGCCGGCCACCAAGGUGACCUGGCUCAAGGGCAUGAUGGUUAUCAGCACGGGCUCCAAGUACCUGACCAAGCAGAAGGGGGUCUAUCUCUCCCUGACCAUCUUCAACCUGGAGUGGAGCGAUGAAGAUGUGUACACGUGUGACGUUGGCACCAUGCAGUCCAAGGCCCAGCUGACCGUGCACGGUCGGAAGGUCCUGAUUUUGGAUGAACUGGAGGACAUUGAGUGUUUGGAGGGGGAUACGGCCAUGCUCAGGUGUCGCAUCUGCCCGAGCGACUUCAUCGAGGUGAAAUGGUACCUCGACGAGACGCAGCUGUACACGAACGACCUUAAUGAGAUCCAGGUGAAUCCGGGAGGGUAUCACUCUCUCGCCAUCAAGCGGCUUGCCAGGAAAGACUCAGGCACCAUCUCUUUCGUGGCGGGAGACAAGCGAUCAUAUGCCUCGCUGCUCGUCAGAGAGAGGAGGCCCACGAUCCUACGGCCUUUGGAGGACACAGAGGCGAUUGAGGGAGGAACUCUGGUUCUGUCGUGUAGGACGUCAAAACCGUGCCACAUCCUGUGGUAUAAAGACGGAUUCCUGGUGUGGAACUCCUCCAGGUUCUGGACCAGCCGGUCAGGGAACGAGGCCAGGCUCACUAUCCGGGAGGUGAUUGAUACUGACGCUGGGGUUUAUGAGUGUGAUGCUGGAGCAGUAAGCACUAAGGCCACAGUCACAGUGAAAGCUGUGCCUGCUGAGUUUACCCGUAAGCUCGAGGAUGUGGACGGCAAAGAGGGGCAGAGUGUCACACUGUCCUGUGAGUUCUCCCUGCCUGGCGUGGUCUACAUCUGGAGAAGAGGAGCGGAGACGCUGAGAGCAGGAGAUAAAUAUCAGAUGAAGCAGAAGAAGUUCGCCAUCCUGCUCACAAUCAAUGAUCUUAAGGUUCAUGACAGUGGAGAUUACAGUUGUGUGUGCCGGGACCAAAAGACGACCGCUAGCCUGAUAGUAAAUGCCAUUCCAAUAUCUUUCCGACGAGAGCUGCGUAACCAGGAGGUGGAGGAGGGCCGGAGCGUGACCCUGCGCUGUGAGCUCUCCAAGCCUGGGGCACCGUUUGAGUGGAAGAAGGGGGCAGAGAGGCUGACCAGUGAGGGACCGUACCAGAUCAAGCAGAGGGAUCUGAUGGUGGAGCUGAUCAUUAAGAAAGCCCUGGUGCAACACAGUGGCAUGUACAGUUGUGUGUGUGGAGACCAUAUAACCACAGCCACACUCAAAGUUAAUGCUCAGCCGGUGACCUUCAGGCAGAAGCUGCGGAGCGUGGUGGUGGAGGAGGGCAGUACAGUGAGUCUGCGCUGUGAGCUAUCCAAGGCCGGCGCCUCAGUGGAGUGGAGGAGAGCAGAGGCACUCCUCUGGAGCGGGGACAAAUACCACAUGAAGCAGAGGGACAUUGUGGUGGAGAUGAAGAUCCUCAAUGCCACACUGGCCGACAGUGGACUUUACAGCUGCAUCUGUGGCUAUCAGAAGACCACUGCCACUGUGACAGUGAAUAUCAUUCAGGUCACCUUUAAGGAAAAGCUAAAGGAUCAGACGAUUGAGGAAGGCAACAAUCUGACCCUGCGCUGUGAGCUCUCUAAGGCAGGAGUCCCAGUAGAGUGGAGGAAGGGUGGAGAGCUCAUCGAACCCGGAGAGAGGUUUCAGAUGAGGCUCAGACAAGCCACGGCCGAGCUCUUCAUCUUCGAGGCCGUCCCCGAGGACAGUGGUGUCUACAGCUGUGUGUAUGCUGAACAGAAGACAAAGGCCACCAUCAAAGUCACUGGUGUACCUGCCACGUUCAUCCAGUCCCUGAAGCACCAGGAGGUGUUGGAAGGAGGCGAAGUGGUGUUCCGCUGUGAAAUCUCCAAAGCUGGAGUCCCAGUCGAGUGGUACCGAGGGGACAUGGGGAUCCAGGCCGGGCCAAAGUACCAGAUGAAGCAUGACGGAAGGUUUGCUGAGCUCCAGAUUAGAGACCUGCAGCCUGAGGACGCUGGGCCGUUUAGCUGUGUGACAGGGGGACAGAAAACCACAGCUGAAGUCAAAGUGAACGCGCAUCCGGUAACGUUCAACCGAGAGCCUCAGGACCAGACAGCAAAGGAAGGGGACAGUGCCGUGUUCAGCUGCGAGAUCUCCAAACCUGGAGCUCCAGUGGAGUGGAGGAGAGGCAGACUGAUUCUGAAGUCGGGGGAGAAAUAUGAGAUCAGACAGGAUGGAAAGUACAAUAAGCUGGUGGUGCGGAAGGUGGAGGAGAGCGACGCCGGCAGAUAUACCUGCAAGACUAAAGAUGCCCAAGUCGGGGCAGAGCUCAAUGUGAAAGCUCUUCCUCCUACGUUCAUAAAAGAGCUGAAGAACCUUGAGGCUGAAGAAGGCAACAGCGUGAUGUUACGUUGUGAGCUCUCCAAACCCGGCGCGUCGGUGGAGUGGCGCAAGGGAGCGGAGCUGCUGCGGACCGGCGAGAAGUAUCAGACGAGGCAGAGAGAGGGCGUGGUGGAGCUGUUGAUCAGGAAAGCCCUUCCAGAAGACAGUGGCGUCUACACCUGCGUCUGCAAAGAGCAGAAAACAGCAGCCAUCGUGUCCAUAACUGCAACCCCUGUGACAUUUAAGCAAAAUCUGAAGAAUCAAGAAGCCGUGGAAGGGUACACCAUCACCUUGAGAUGUGAGAUGUCCAAAACUGGAGUUAUGGUCAAAUGGAGGAAGGAGAAUGAACUGCUGACUGCAGGAGUGAAGUAUGAGAUGAAGAGAGAAGGGAAGAUUGUGGAGUUGCUCAUAAACGAUGUGUCUUUGGAGGACACUGGCAUAUACAGCUGCUCAGUAGGGGACCUGAAGACUACGGCAGAAGUGAAAGUGAGAGCUCUUCCUGUGACCUUCAAGCGAGAACUUCAGGACCAGGCCUCGAAGGAGGGCGACACCGUGGUCUUCAGGUGUGAGCUGUCCAAGCCUGGCGCUCCCAUCGAGUGGAGGAAGGGACGAGUGGUCCUGAUGCACGGGGACAAAUACGAGAUGAAACAGGAAGGCAAAUUCACCAAGCUGGUGAUAUCCAGUGUAGAGGAGAGUGAUGCUGGGAAGUACACGUGCAAAAGCAAAGACUCUGAGUCAAGCGCUGAGCUCACUGUGAAAGUUCCCCCCAUCACUUUCAAAAAGAAGCUGGCUAACCAGGAGGUUGAGGAAGGAAACAGUAUCACGUUGAGCUGCAUGCUGUCGAAACCAGGCAUCCCAGUAGAGUGGAGAAAGGGAGAUGAGGUCCUCAAGUCUGGGCAAACCUACCAAAUCAUACAGAAAGACGCAACCAUGGAACUCUUCAUAAAGAAGGCACAGAAGGAAGACAGUGGUGUCUACAGCUGUGUGUGUGGAGACCAGAAAACCAAGGCCACCAUUAAAAUAUUUGCGAUUCCUGUGACGUUCAAGCAAAGUCUGAAGAACCAGGAGGCCUCGGAGGGAGGAGUGGUGAUCCUGAGGUGUGAGCUCUCCAAGGCCGGCGUCUCGGUGGAGUGGUGGAAAGGCGAAGACGAGAUCCUGCCCAGUACCAAGUACGCGAUUAAAUACGAGGGUCAAUUCGCUGAGCUGCAAAUCAACAACGUGAAACCCAAGGAUGUUGGGGAGUACAGCUGUGUGAUUGGAGAGAUGAGGACCACUGCAGAAGUAAAUGUCAGGGCGGCUGCCUCUGUGUACUUUGAGAAGGAGCUGGAGGACCUGGAGGCCACUGAAGGAGAGUCUGUCACCCUAACUUGUGAGCUCUCAAAUCCCAACGCCCCAGUGAUCUGGAAGAAGGACGCUGAAAUGCUCAGCCAAGGGGCUAGGGUCUCCCUAGAGCAACAGGGCAACACUCAUGUGUUGGAGAUCCGCCGGGUGAGGCCAGAGGAUGCCGGAGUUUACACCUGUAACACGCGAGGCAAGGUGACCAGUGCGAAACUUAAGGUGAAAGAAAAUGUGAAGAUAGUGUCAGGGCUACGCGACCUGAGUGUCACAGCUGGAGAGGACGCCCACUUCGUGUGUGAGGUUUCCCAUGACGACUACGCUGAUGGCGUGUGGUGGCUGGGCUCCACCGUCCUGCAGAGGAACGAGAUGAACCAGAUGAGCUGCCGAGGCCGGGAGCAUCACCUGGUGCUCACCAGGGCCACCGCCGAGGAGGCCGGGAUCGUGGCGUUUGCCGUGGGGAAUGAGAGAACCUCAGCUCGCCUGCGUGUGCUAAGCAAACCCAAAGUCUUAAUCGAGCAGAAGUUGAAAGACACCACCAUCUUCGAGGGAGGCACGGCCACUCUAUCCUGUGUGACUUCUGACAUGCGCACCCCAGUUGCCUGGAAGCGGAAAAACGUGGUUCUCUUAGCGGGAGAAAAGUAUGAGCUGCGUAAGGAAGGGAAACUGAACCUUCUGCUGAUUCACAGUGUAGAAAAAGAAGACACUGGGCUAUACACGUGUGACACUGGUGAUAUGCAGUGCAGCGCUACUCUCACUGUCAAAGAGCAUCCCCUGCGUUUCCAAGAAGAGUUACAAGGCAAGGAGGUUGAGGAAGGCGACACAGUUCUCUUAUGCUGUGAGCUCUCUAAGCCUGGCGUGCGGGUGGAAUGGAGGAAGGGUCGUGUGCUGCUGAGACCUGGUGAGAAGUACGAGAUGAAGCAGGAUGGCUGUGAGCUCCAGCUGCGUAUCCAUGACGUCAGCGCUCAGGAUAAGGGAGACUACACAUGCUCCGCUGGAGAUUUGCAAACUACUGCCAUUGUCAAAGUGAAAGAGCAUCCUCUUUUCUUCCGGGAGGAGUUGCAGAGCCAGAGGGUAGACGAGGGUGAGACAGUGGUCCUUUGCUGUGAGCUCUCUAAGCCUGGCGUGCCUGCGGAAUGGAGGAAGGGUCGGGUGCUGCUGAGACCUGGUGAGAAGUACGAGAUGAGGCAGGAUGGCUGUGAGCUCCAGCUGCGUAUCCAGGAUGUCAGCCCGCAGGAUAAGGGAGACUACACAUGCUCCGCUGGAGAUCAGCAGACCACAGGCUCACUGAGAGUAAAAGAGAAGCCCUUAUUCUUCCAGGAAGAGCUGCAGAGCCAGGAAGUAGAUGAGGGGGAGACGGUCCUCCUGUGCUGUGAGCUCUCUAAGCCUGGCGUGCGGGUGGAAUGGAGGAAGGGUCGUGUGCUGCUGAGACCUGGUGAGAAGUACGAGAUGAAGCAGGAUGGCUGUGAGCUCCAGCUGCGUAUCCAUGACGUCAGCGCUCAGGAUAAGGGAGACUACACAUGCUCCGCUGGAGAUCAGCAGACCACAGCCCAAGUCAGAGUUAAAGAACACCCCCUGUUUUUUGAAAAAGAACUGCAGAGCCAGGAGGUUGAGGAGGGCGACACAGUUCUCUUAUGCUGUGAGCUCUCUAAGCCUGGCGUGCCAGUGGAAUGGAGGAAGGGUCGGGUGCUGCUGAGACCUGGUGGCAAGUACGAGAUGAAGCAGGAUGGCUGUGAGCUGCAGCUACGUAUCCAGGAUGUCAGCCCACAGGAUAAGGGAGACUACAAGUGUGCGGCUGGAGACCAAUACACCACAGCUUCAAUCAGGGUGAAAGAGCACCCCCUGUUCUUCCAGGGAGAGCUGCAGAGCCAGGAAGUAGAUGAGGGGGAGACGGUCCUCCUGUGCUGUGAGCUCUCUAAGCCUGGCGUGCCAGUGGAAUGGAGGAAGGGUCGGGUGCUGCUGAGACCUGGUGGCAAGUACGAGAUGAGGCAGGAUGGCUGUGAGCUGCAGCUACGUAUCCAGGAUGUCAGCCCGCAGGAUAAGGGAGACUACACAUGCUCCGCUGGAGAUCAGCAGACCAAAGCCACUAUAACAGUUAAAGAGUACCCCCUCUUCUUCCAAAAAGAACUGGAGAGCCUAGAGUCAAAGGAGGGUGAAACGAUCUUCUUGAACUGUGAACUCUCUAAGCCUGGAAUUCCAGUGCAGUGGAGGAAGGGUCGGGUUUUACUAAGGCCUGGUGGCAAGUAUGAGAUGAAGCACAUUGAUUGUGAACUGCAGCUGUGUAUCCAUGAUGUCAGCCCCCAGGAUAAGGGAGACUACACAUGCUCUACUGGGGAUCAGCAGACAACUGCCUUUGUAAAAGUAAAAGAGGUGCCACUGGUCUUCCACAAAGAGCUCCAAAAUCAAGAGGCAGAGGAGGGUGACACUCUCAUUCUGUAUUGUGAACUCUCUAAACCUGGAGUCACUGCACAGUGGAAGAAGGAAAACGCUCCUCUGAGGUCUGGUUUAAAGUAUGAAAUCAAGCAAAAUGGCUGUCAGCUAGAGCUACGAAUCAUUAAUAUUAACCCCCAGGAUAAAGGGUGCUACACAUGUUCUGCUGGUACUGUUCAAACCACAGCCUCUGUGGCAGUGAAAGAGGUCAGGCCUGUUCCUAAGGAUGAGCCAAAACCUAAACCAGAUACAGUUAAGCCUGGUGUACCCCCUGCUAAACCUGUGGCUAAGGCAGGGAAAGUAGAACUGGAAAAGGAGACAGUGGUAAAGCAGCCUGAAACGGAUGUCAGUGAUAAUAAAAAAGUGGAUAAAGAUCUCAGGAAGAAAACAUUAACAAGGCAAAAAGUGGAAGAUGACGGCGUGUCCAAGAUUGAAGAGAGUAACUAUGCCAAAGAGGAACCGACAGAACUAGCCCCUAAAGUGGUCUCAAGGUCUGUUGGACAACAGAGGCAAGGUUCUGUCAGCAUUCAAGAUGAAGGCCUACGGGAGGCUGUCCUACCAAAAGAGGCGGUGAAAGAGCCCAUCAAAGAGCCCAUCAAAGAGACCACCAAAGAGACCGUCAAAGAGACCGCCAAAGAGACCAUCAAAGGUGCAGAACAGCUGCCUGUUCCUCCAAAAAGGAGAAGAAGUCUCAGACCUACAGAGGUUAAACAUGAAGAGACAGCAAAAAGCAAAGAAACCAUUAAGAGUCCUGUUGAAGUGACUAAAGACACUGCUGCAAUUCAGAAAAACAAAGUAGUGGUUAGCGCAUCUACAGACAACAAAGAUGAAAUAACGGUAUCUCCUCAGGAAAGCAAGGCACACAUCAAGAGUCCUACCGAAGUGACCAAGGAACCCAGGAAAAGCGAGGAACCCACCAAAGAAAUUACUGUCACAAAAGAAAGUGCUGUUUCCAUCCAGACCAAUCAAGAAUCAGUCAAAACUGCUAAAAAGGGUAUAGAGGAAAUCACUGUCCCAGUUCGGAGAAGUAAGAUGGCUGGACAGAUAUCAAAAGAAGGCCCAGGAGAAACUACUGCUCUUAUCCAGAAAAAUGGGGAACCUAGCAAAGCUGCAGAAAACACUCCAGAGGAAUACAGUGCUGCUGUACAGAAGAAAGAUGAAUCUAAUAAGACUUUAAGAAGACCUUCAGAAGGACAAAUACCUGCUGUUCAGAAGAACAAUGAACCAGUUAAAACUACAACAGAAUUACCAGAGGUGCCAACUGUUCCUGUUCGAAAGAACAAAGUAUCAAUUAAAGCAGCAGCAGCACCUCCUGAACAACCUGCUGCUCUUGUAGAGACGGACAAAAAUGCCAUAACUGGCAAACAGCCUGUGGAUGGAGAACCUACUAUUGAGAAAAACAAAGAACCCAACAAAAUUGCAGCAAAAGAUACAGUGGAAUCCACUGUUCCUGUUCAUAAGAAUGGAGAACCUGUCAAACUUGCAACAGCUACAAAGGAUGAAUCCACCAUUACUGUACAGAAAAACAAAGAACCCACUAAAAUUGCAACCAGACAUCCAGAGGAAUCCAUUGUUUCUUUGCAGAAAAAUGGAGAACCCAUCAAGCCUGGAACAACGCCUAAAGAAAAUUCUAUUAUUCCUGUGCAGGAGAACAAAGAACCAACCAAAACUGGAGCAAGACAUCCAGAGGAAUCCAUUGUUUCUAUACAGAAGGAUGAAGAACCCAUCAAGCCAAGUACAACACCUAAAGAAGAAUCCAUUAUUCCUGUGCAACAGAACAAUGAACCUAUCAAAACCGCACAACAAACUCCAGAAGAGUCUAAACCUGUUCAGAUAAACAAGCAACCCAUUGUAAUUUCAGCAGGGCACAAAGAGGAAGCUAUAAUUUCAGAGCAACAAUUGACUGAGCUUGAAGAACAGAAAGCGUCAAGCAUAGAUAUAAAUGUAGAGGAGGAACCAGAGAUGCUGGAAGCAGCCAUCAAGAUCCAAGCAGUGUUCAAGGGCUACAAGACUCGCAAGGACAUGCGGCCUGUCUUCAAAGAAGUGUUCAAGAACCAAAGUGUGGAGUUAAAUGGCACCAUUCGUCUUCAGUGUAUUGCAGAGGGUAAGCCCAAUACAGUGCGUUGGUUGAAAGAUGGUGAGGAGAUCAGACCAAGCACACGCUUCCAUAUCAAGAAGCAAGAUGAUGGUUCCUGCUCACUGAUAAUUGACAAUGUGACCCAGAAGGACACAGGAAUAUACACAUGUGAAGCAGUAAACAAGUUUGGAACUAUAAGCUACAAUGGAAAUGUAACAGUUGAGACCUCUCCAAGGCCUAUUCCACAAGUUCAUGUAAAACCAGCUACUGCCUUAGUUCCUGAAAUCGGAACCGAAUCGGAACUGGAACCUGUAUCAGAACCUUUAAGACUGGAAGGAGGCUCCUUGAGGCAGGUGUAUGAUCUCCCAAAGGUUGACCAACAUGUUGGAGCCAAAGAAAAACGCAGAAGUCUUAUUUCAGCGAGCUCUGUGUCCUGUCCCUCUGAUUACGACACAGCACCAGAUGGGGCAGAAUCCCUGUCUGACUUUGGCUCCAGAGACUUCCCAAUCAAAGAAAAAGAGUUGAAGAAGGCACCAUCAGGCAGUGAGCUGCCAGAAACUACUGAAGAGCUUCCAAGCAUCGAUCUUCAACCCCAAAAGCCUUCCUCACAGCUUCAAAUCCAGGCAGGUGGUAUUGCUGUGAGCAGGAGCCCAUCUCCAAAAUACUCACCUUCCCAUAAGCCAUCUGCCAAUGAGUCCCUCUCAGAAUCUGACGGAGAGGAAGACAGAGGAGAGAUAUUUGAUAUCUAUGUGGCCAAAUGUGAUUGCAACCCCACUGGUGGUCACAAGGAGACCUUUGUGCUGAAAGAGGGGCAAUAUGUGGAGGUUCUGGACUCUGUGCAUCCCACACGUUGGUUGGUGCGCACAAAACCGACCAAAAUCACUCCAGCGCGCCAAGGCUGGGUGUCACCAGCAUACCUGGAAAAGAGGGGAAGGGAGCCAUUUUCAAUGUUAUUAGAGCCACAGCUGUAUGAGAGAGCGGGAAGGGAACCCAGCCAGGAUGAAUUCAAGAACACUGUGAGUGAGCUGAUCCAGGGCCUGCUCAGUGGAGAGGAAGAGUUUGUGAGGGAGCUGAGUUUCUUCGUGUCCCACCAUCUGCGCUUUAUAGAGACCAGCUCCAAGGUGCCUCUCCCCAUUUUCAGCCAGAAGGAGUACAUGUUCCGCAACAUCAAAGAGAUCACAAACUUCCAUGAGAGGUCAGUUCUUCCUAAGCUGAUGGAGUGUUCCACAGACGAUGAUGUGGCUAUGUGCUUUGUGAGCCAAGCGUCUGACUUUGAGAAGUACCUUCAAUACAUUGUGGGCCAGUCCCAAGCUGAGGCCUGCCUCAAUGAAAAGAACACUCAGCACUUCUUCCAGAAAUACCAGGAGACUGAGUUGGCACGCCGACAUACCGAAGUACUAAGUGUCAGCACUUAUUUACAGAGGCCACUGGAAAGGAUAGAGAUGUACAAGUCCCUGCUGAAGGAGCUCAUAAGGAACAAGGCCAAGUUUAAGCGAAGCUGCUGUCUGCUGGAGGAUGCAUUUUCUGUGGUGUCCAGUCUGCCCUGGCGUGCUGAGAACAUGGAACAGGUGGCCAUGAUAGAGAAUUACCCCGCCCCACUGAGUGGACUUGGAGAACCCAUUCGUCAGGGCCCGUUUACAGUGUGGGAGGAGUCACCUGGAACCAAGCUAUCAUUCCGCGGCCAACAACGUCACGUCUUCCUCUUCAAAGACUGCGUCAUUUUCUGCAAGCUCAAGAAAGACCCUGACACACACGGUGACACCUACAUAUUCAAAAACAAGAUGAAGCUGGGUGAUAUUGAGGUGAAGGAGUCUGUGGAAGGAGAUGAGCGGGCCUGGGGUUUAUGGCACGAGCACCGUGGCACCGUACGCAAGAUCACCCUGCAGUCACGCUCCGUCCUCCUCAAACUGUCCUGGCUCAAGGACCUGAGAGAGCUGCACCAGUGCAGCUGCCUCCCCUCGCGCUGUGCACCUCACUUUGACCUACUACUGGGCGACUGCACCACCAAACUUGGGCAGACAGUCAAAUUGUCCUGCAAGGUCACAGGAUCUCCUAGACCGGAAGUCACCUGGUACAAAGAUGGCCAGGCUGUUGAGGUGGAUGAGCAGCACAUGGUCUCUGAGAGCAACACUGGCUCCUGCUGUCUGGUGUUGACUGGAGUCAGCAUGGAGGACUCGGGCCAGUACAUGUGCUACGCCACCAGCUGCAUGGGGAAUGCCAGCACCCUGGCAAAGAUUGUGGUGGAUGUGCCUCCUAGCUUCAAGAUUAAACUUCAGAAUGUUCAGCUAGACAUUGGGAAGGAUGUCCAGUUCCAGUGUUCUACACUAUGCACUCCUUUACCCAGAAUAAGGUGGUUCAAAAACAGUAAGCUCUUGGAGAACCAGAAGAAGUACCAGAUUGACUGUGAGCCCCAGACUGGAGUGCUCACACUGACCAUAAAGAGGGCUGGGAAGGUAGACCUGGGGCUUUACGAGUGUGAGCUGUGGAAUAAGAUCGGAAGUGCCAAGUGCAAAGCUGAACUUUGCCGUCCACCUGCAACUCCCACAGAACCUGUCCCAGAGAAAGCUCCACCAGUCUCUGCCAAAGAACUAGAGGCAGAAUCCGAGACCUGGUCCGGCUCCCUGGUGAAGAACUGGUUCCAGAUGGACUUGACCCCCUCUGGCAUCUGCAAAAUGCUCUUCCAGCCCGGCUACGCUGAACCAGCUACUGCAAGCACAGGGGGAGCUGGGCCCAAGCAGAAGAAGGACAUGGCUCCGAAGAAGGCUGAAACAGUGUCAAAAAAGGCUGAAACUGUGUCUAAAAAGCCUGCAGCGGUUGCUGAGACGGUUGCUGUCGCUGAAGAAGAGGAGGAAAUAGAGACAGAUCCACCCUCCAUCCAGGUUCCCAUAGAGGAUCAGUGUGUGAAACUCGGACAGCCUGCAAGUUUCACUACUAUCAUUACAGGACAGCCUCAACCAGAGAUUUACUGGCUUAAGGAUGGAAUGGAGGUGCUGCCCAGUGAGAAUGUGGAGAUGGUGUUCUUUGGGGCGCGGAGCUCUCUGAAUGUGUUUAGUGUGACGCGGGAGGACUGUGGCACGUACACCUGUGAGGCGGAGAACAGUACGGGCCUGGUGGACUGCCAUGCCCAGCUCACGCUGGAGUCGGAGGUCCCAGAGGUAGCAACAUUGGAGGGGACAGAGGUGGAAUUGGGCAGAAGAAAGCUGCUCUCAGUCUAUGAAGUCCAUGAUGAGAUAGGAAGGGGCACGUUUGGAGUGGUAAAGAAAGUGUCUCACCGGGCGACAGGAGAGCCCUUUGCUGCCAAGUUCUUGCCUCUGAAGAGCAGCACAAGGACCAGGGCCUUUCAGGAGAGGGACUUACUCUCUCGCAUUGCCCACCCCAGAGUGGCCUGCCUCCUGGACUUCUUUGUUACCCGACGCACUCUGGUUCUGGUUACAGAAAUGUGUUCUUCUCAGGGACUUCUUGACCAUUUAUUGAUGAAAGGGUCUGUAAAGGAAACAGAGGUUCAGAUGUUUAUUCAGCAAGUUCUGGAGGGCAUUGCUCAUAUUCACAGUCUAAGCAUCCUGCAUUUGGAUAUUAAAACUGACAACAUCCUGAUGGUAUCUCCAGCCAGAGAGGAGGUGAAGAUCAUUGACUUUGGAUUCUGCCAGGAGAUAGACUCAUCCAGGCACCAGUACAGCAAGUUUGGAACUCCUGAGUUUGUGGCACCAGAAGUUGUCCACCAGGAACCUGUGACAACAGGAACCGACAUUUGGGCUCUGGGUGUUGUGGCUUACUUAUGUCUGACGUGCCAUUGCCCGUUUUUCGGAGAGAACGAUCGGGCGACCCUCAUGAGAGUUGCAGAGGGAACUCUGUUUUGGGACACCCCUGAGGUGACGUGCAGGAGUCCGGAGGCCCAGGAUUUCCUUCGCAAAGUGCUCCACCCAGUUCCAGAAAUGCGACCAUCAGCCUUUGAAUGCUUGUCUCACGAGUGGUUUCAGGGUCAGAGUGCUGAUGAGGAGCCUGGAGACAUAAACACAAAGAACCUGAGAUCUUUCAUCUCCAGGAGGAAGUGGCAGCGCUCGCUCACAUGCCUGGGUUCCGUCCUUACCCUGAGGCCCAUGGUGGACCUGCUGGACGCUCCUCCGGAGGAGGUGUCGGUCACGGCGCCGCGCGAGCCUCAGGAGCCCAGCAGCACCUCCCAGAGCAGCGGCUCCUCCUCCGAGUACGACGAGGCCGACGCCUGGGAGUGUUUCCAGCACUUCAGCCCCGAGGACGAGGACUGGGACGAGGACGAAGACGAGGAGGACGAGGAGGAGCUGGAGGAGGAGGAGCUGGAGGAGGAAGGGGAGUACGACCCCCACGCACAGGUUCCAGAGAGGGGCCGGACGCUGGCGGAGCUGGGCCGAGCCAGGCUGGACGAGGAGGAGGAGUUGAUUUUGGAGAGGCGGAGCGGCCAGCGGGGGGCACUGGUGUUCCCCACGGGUAAACCCGGGGAUCAGCCACAGCAGCGCAGCAGCAGCCCGUCGCUGUACCUGUCGGAGGGGGACGAGAGCUCAGUGGGCAGCGAGAGCCGCGCAGCGAUCAUCCCGCGCGGCCGCCUCAUCCGCAGCACCUUCUACAACAGCUCGCAGCAGCUCUCGCCCAUGUCGGCACGGCACAUGCUGCUGCGCGACAAGCAGCACGCCGCGCGCAAGCAGGAGCGCGGCCGCAAGCCGCUCCGCUCCAGCCUGUCGGGGCGCCUCAACGAGCCGCUCAUCGAGUACGUGGAGGACGCGCCCGAGGCGGGCGUAGGAGGCGCCGGGGAAGGGGGCGUGCGCGGUCAGAGGAGGGGCUCGGUGCAUUCGGCCAUGCUCAAGUCCUGCUCGUUCGACAGCGGCGUCAGCCUCACGCACCCGCUCCCGUACCAACGCAGGAGCCGCUCCCUGGACGAGUCCACCAGGAGGUCGCGGGCGUCCGCCGAGCUUCGGGAGCCGGGCGAGGAAGAGGAGGAGGAAGAGGAGGACACGGCGUUCAGCCAUAAGGAUGACUUUACUGACGAAGAGGCGCAGCAGAGUGUAUCACCACAGCCAGCAGAGGUCAGCGACGCGAGGAGGAGACAGAGUGUGGUGGCUAAAGUGAAGCCCAGAACGCAAAGGGCGGGUGAGGAGGAGGUUGCGGAGGAGGAUAGCACUGUGGACAGCCAGCCCCAGGCUCCUGAGAGGACACGAGAGGCGUCCAGGCCUCUGGCCGGUGGGGAGAACUUGAGCAGCUCCCAGGCUUCUCUCGCGGAGUCUUACGAACCAGGCUCUGGAGUCUCCAGCAGAACAGGCUCCUUGGACGACUUCUCCCCUGGUCGCCUGGCCGCUCCCAGGAGACGGCUGUCCUCCUCUGGGAUGACCUCGCCUUCGUCUUUCCUGCAUGGCUCCGAUGAGGAGGAGGAAGAGCAGGAGGAAGCUCGCAAGCCCCCUACACCCCCGAGCCGGAGAUACGGAUCAAGGCUCAGCCUGCAAGUCGAGAGGGGCGACCUCUCCCUGAAGCGCAGUCCCUCACGACUCUCUGACCAGGUGCCUACGACCAUCCCGGGCAGCGGCGAGGUCCUCCAGAGGCAUGCCUCUGCCCCGGCCCUGGAGGUCAAGCCACCCAGCGGCAAGUCCCCCAAGAUCGGCCUCAUGAAGCUGUUCCGUCGGCAGUCCUGGACGGGCCACUCGUCCUCCCAGCCGGAGGGAGUGGACAGGAAGCAGAAGGAAGCGGAGCAGGCCGUGCCCAAAAGCCCCAUGCUCACGCUGAAGAAGAAGAUGAGGGCCUCGGCCUCCAGUCUCACCAAGCUGUUCACCAGACAGUCCAGCAAAGAGGAGAAGAAAGGCGGGCCCAUUUACAAAGGUCCUUCCCCAGUGGCUCCAGAGAAGAAGCAGAAGGCCCACACUCGCUCUGCACCUGCACUGACCGCCUCCGCCCCAAGCAGCCCUCAGAAGAAAGCCGCCAAGCUCUUAAAGUCCAUUAAAGUGCCCACCUUCAAGAAAAGCAAAGAGGUGGCAGUCCGCCCAGCAAGGCCAGAUGUGCACCAGCUGGCAGGAGGUGGCGUGUUGCUGGUGUGGAGACCUGUCAAGUCCAGCGAGACCUUCACCUACUGCCUACAGUACAGCACUGCAGGUGGCGUUGUGGAGUGGAAGCUGUUGGCAGAGGACGUGACUGACAGCUGCUACACCGUCACCACCUUGCCCAAGGGUCCGGGCUAUGUGUUCAGAGUCGGCUGCGUCACUAAAACAGGAGCCGGACCCUUUAGUGAUCCCACAAUCCUGGCCUUCAUGGUGGUCCAACAUGAAGACUCCCACAUUCCUCUCAUUCAAAAGGAAUCGCUCAGAUCAAAGGUCAUUGUAUCAGGGGCCCAGGGGGCCCACAAGAUUUACUCUUUCCUCUCUGAGAUCAACAGGGGUCGCUUCAGUGUGGUCGCCCAGUGCCGUGAGGAGCAGAGCCAGCAGCACCUGGCGGCCAAGAUCACGCCCUACCGGGCCGAGCAGCGGCAGCUGGUCCUACGGGAGUACCAGCUUCUCAAGAGGCUCAACCACCCACACCUUGUGCAGCUGCAUUCGGCCAUCAUCAGCCCCGACUACCUGGUGCUCCUGGAGGAGCUGUGUGCCGGACGGGAGCUCCUCUACAACCUGGCUGAGAGGGAUGCCUAUGCAGAGAUGGAUGUAAGUGAGUUACUGGUGCAGAUCCUGAGUGCUGUGGACUACCUGCACAGCCGCCGCAUGAUGCACCUAGACCUCAAGUCGGACAAUAUGCUGGUGACGGACGGCAAUGUGGUGAAGAUUGUGGACUUGGGCUCGGCGCAGCUCUACACGCCGGGCCAGGCUGUCAACGUGGAACACCUCAAAGAGCUGACGGAGAGCAAGGUUUACAUUGUCCUUCCCAAAGCUCCUGAAAUCUUGGAAGGCCAAGGAGUUGGACCUGAAACAGAUAUCUGGGCGAUUGGCGUAUUGGCUUUUAUCAUGCUCAGCGCAGACAGCCCGUUUCAUGCCGACCUGAACUGGGAAAGGGAUCGCAACAUCAAGAAGGGCAAGAUCCAGUUUGGCCGCUGCUACCCAGGCCUGUCGGAAGGAGCCAUCAACUUCAUGAAGAGCACGCUCAACAACAAAGCCUGGGGGAGACCCUCGGCUGGGGAGUGCCUCCAGAACCCCUGGAUCCGCGGGGACGCCCGUGCCGCGGCCAGACCCAGAGACUCCAUGGUCUGCUUCUCCACUGACAAACUGCAGGCCUUCCUCCAGGAGCGUGAGGUCAAGCGAGACCAUAUCCGAACCAAGGCUAAGGUCCCGCUUCUGCAGUAGGGGACUUCUGGAGGGAGGGGGCCCUGAACUGUCAACAGGGGAACUGCUUUAAAAUGUGAAAAUGUGAAUCUAUUUGUGAGAUCUUUGAAUGAGAUAUUGUGAGAAAUUUUGUUUUUUAACGCUGCUGUCAUUCUAACAUGGACUUAGCAUGUUAUGAAGAAGUGCUGUAUAAUUGUGUUUAACAUGAAAAGGGUUUUAGUAGCCUAUGAGACAUUUGUCAACAAUAGUGUGCAAAAAGUCUAAAUUUAAUUUAUGGUAUACAAACAGCAUACUUGUCACUUUAUGAACUGCUAUGUUUAUAGCUAGUAAACAACUUUGUUUUUGUUUACAUGGAAGUGACAUGGAGAGUAACUGAAAAUGUGUGAUUUAAAGAGGCCAUUGGAACAGGGUUUUGUUUAUUUAAAAUGAAUACUUUUAAUAGAUUGACCUUUUUGCAUAGGUUUGUAAAUUCUUUGGUUAGUUUGAACCUAGAAUCUCAGUUUAUCUUACCAUAAGAAAACAGUGUAUUGCAGUUUUUUGUCAAUGUUUUUCAAACACAAGGUUAAUAUUUGAAAUAAGCUUAAUUCUGGCUCAUGUGUAUUUAUACAUUUCCUUUGUGAUAUCAGGGAUACGCUUACAAUAAUAGGACAUCAGUGCAUGGAGGCAAGUCAUUUUUGGCUGUUGCAUUAACUUCUUUUCAGUCUGCUGCCUAUACGAUUCUGUCUUUGUGGGUUUUGGGAAUGUUCAGAAUGUAUUGUUUAGCUUGCACUGGUUCUGUGCCUUAAAACUGCAAAUAAAGACUUGUUUGACAAUUA